UCUCAUAAUACCCAUAUUUUGGACCAUUUGGACCCCCUCAAAAACACCGAUUUUACCGACAUUAUGACUCUGUAUGAUCCCAAAGAGGUGGCAGCCCACAACCAUAAAGAUAGCUUGUGGGUUGUACACAAAGGAAGUAUCUACGAUGUGACAGAAUUUUCUGAAAUUCACCCCGGUGGCCGGGAGUAUUUGCUCGAAUAUGCCGGUGGAGUUGAAGAUGUCCAGGAAGUGAUCAAGGAUAAAAAUGUUCACAUUCACUCAAAAGCAGCGUACAAUAUAUUGAAGCGUAAUUAUAUUGGGAAAAUGAAAACUGCUGUCAUAAAUGAUAAGAACCAAAAUGCAACUACAGUGGGGAAUGGAAAGGGACCAAACGGAGUGGUUAGUAAUGGUAAUGGUGUCGCUCAUCACGACACUGACAGUGAUGAGGAGGAAGAUUUGACAUCUAUGCAGGGAUACAAAGAGGAGGAGCUCAUCGACUGGAAGAAACCAAUAUACUGGCAAGUAGGAACGUUAGGAGAACAAUAUAAAGAUUGGGUGCACAACCCUGUGGAUAAACCCCUCCGUCUGUUUUAUUCCGACUUCUGUGAGUUCUUCAGUAUGGCUCCAUGGCAGCUGAUUCCAAGCCUCUGGAUACCCAUUGCCAUAAUUUUCAUAUACAUGUCAUACUGCAGUUUCCUUACUGCUGGACAAGUCGACUUUUUGGGCAUGAAGCUUGGCCUCUCGUCUCUCCCCAUCAUCUUCCUAAGUGGACCACUCUUCUGGACGUUGUUUGAGUACACAAUCCAUCGAUGGAUAUUCCACAACAACCCACCCUCCUGGUCGCCGUUCCUGAUUAGGAUGCAUUUCAUUAUGCAUGGACAGCAUCACAAGUGUCCUUUCGAGAGAUUUCGAUUGGUGUUUCCACCCGUCCCUGCAUCCAUAUUUGCUGUGUCUAUCUAUGCUAUCUACAUGUUGUCAUUACCAAAACCUGUGGCAGAGGCGAUAAGUGCUGGUACUCUAGUGGGUUACAUCAUGUAUGACAUGACUCACUACUACUUACACCAUGGUUCACCAACCCGGUCGAAUCCUAUCGGCAAAUAUUUCACACGGAUGAAAAACUACCAUGUGAGGCAUCACUUUGAAAACCAGCUGAAAGGUUUUGGUAUCUCCAGUAAAUUUUGGGAUUAUCCUUUCCAAACUCUGAUCAAGGAGCAUCAGAGGUAAAUCUUCAGGGGCUGACAUAACCAACAGGAUGGAGUAGAUAUCCCUAAUUGCUCGCUGACAUCAAUAAUUUGAAGCAGUUGCAACCAAUUGGAAGCAGUAGAUAUUGUUAAUUGGUUGCAGACGUCAAUAAUUUAAAACCGAUGUAACCAAUUGGUAGCAGCACACGUUCCUGAUUGGUAAAACAGAUGUGAAAAAAGUCUCCACAAGAAUCGUACUUAUCUUUGAAUCUCCUGAAGUAUUUCUCAUAGUUUGGCAGCUUUAGAGUUUAAAUUUCUAUGUAAUUUGAUAAAACCUUUUGAUGAAAAAUCUUGGAAAAAAAGAAGACCAUUAUCAGUUCAUGUGACUUCUUCUGAUUUUGCUGAUGAAAAUGUGAUGUUGCUGAUAAUAUCGAAAGUUUUACAUGUACUUACCCGUUGGCAAGAUGAAUGAGAAUGCACUGUGAUGGAGAGUGAUCAUUUUCUUUUCAAUUCUAAGUAAUUGUUUGACGUUCUUUAUUUUAAUCGCUUCCAUCAAUCACAGUUGCAUUUUUUUGUCAUUUUAUUAUACUGCCAAAUUGCUGACAGUUCAGAGCAUUCUCUUAAACAAAACAAAAUUGAAAACCGUUCAAAUUUCAUGAAGUAAUUACAGUCAAAAUCGAAAUUGUAAUCCCUAAAGUCACGUCAGUUGCGUGUAAGUUUUGCAUGAGCUGCCCGCAAUCUGUGCUCUACCCAGCUCUUCAGUUGCAGGUAAUGUGACGUCAUGUGGCAUGGUGUGAAUUUUCACUCGUUUGGAGUAUUCCCAAUCAUGAAUCUUGAGAUAAAAUCGUGAUAGAAGGCUCAAAUUUUACCCAAAUCCUGUUAGAAGUUUAAAGUAGACCCAAUUAUAAUUGACCUAGCCGAUAAGAUUAAAAUGUAGUCAUUGCUUUCACCAAGGUGUGUGUAGGUGACACUUCAGUUGCGCGUCACUUACGCGCAGCAGAAGGGAUGUCAGUUGAGAUUAUGACUGUAGGGCUUCAGAUCACAGGCAGAUAUUUUACGGUUACUUUUAAAAUUUGCAGAAAUUUCCUUCAAAAUACUGUGCUGAUGUAACGAAAUACCUGCCCGAAAUUUUUCAACGAUUUAGAAACCUUAGUUAUGUUUUUGUGUACAUGAUUUGCUGUACUUGGUUUUCUUUAUCUGUGGCGAAACUUAUUUGUUUCCCAUUGUUUUCACGUCUGGAGGGUGUUAAACUCUAUUUUCCUGUGUAGACACUGGUAGUUAAAGGGACACUUUAGGCAGGAAUUUGGGGUAAAUGGUGGUCUCCAAGUGACUAAUUUGCGCAUUACGGUAAUUGAAUCUUGUUUGACUUUCUGAUAAAGUUAUUUCUCUUGAGUAUUACCAGUGUACUGCGAAACAGGAGUGACACCUAUUGGUGACUUCAUGUAACUUAAUCUGACCCACCUGGCUCCUGCCUGUGGUCUCCCUUUAAAGGAAGUCUAUAUGGAGGAGCCAGAUAGCCAGAAGAGGUGCCAGAAAUUGCUGAAUGGGGUUUCUCCCAUCUGACAGUGGAGAAAAACUAUUCAUACUUGUACAGAGAAUAUUUUUGGUGAUGAAUCAAGUACGACCCAGCCCCAAACUGUGCAUAUUAGUCACCUGAAGGUGAAGAACUUGACCAUAUAACUCCUGCCUAUCGUCCCCUUUAGUGAAGAAGAAAAAUCCAUUCAGGAUUGUGGGGAUGCGAGUAAAGAGGGUUUGACUACACCAUUCACCACUUUCUGUGGUCAUUAUUGUACAGUAGGACCUUUCUCCGCAGAUUCCAUGACUUCGAAUCUUUUUAAUGAUAUUCCCAUUGUGUAUCUUUUCUUCGUGUCAGUGCCUUGAAUGGCACCAACCUGUGUUCUUGUUUUUUAAUGUGGCUGACUCUCCCAAUUUUAUUAGACAUUAUGCAACAUACAAGUCUUCUAAAACUUCACAUGCUGUUUUAUGGUUUUACUUGGUUGGAAUGGGGAUAUUCAGUUUCACCACAAUGUAUGCUUAGUUACUUGUAGAGUGAAGCUUACCGGCAGGGCAGCAUUCAGUGACGAAUUGAUACUGCUAACAUUUGUAUAAAAUAUUUGUAUUUUAGUGAGUAGAUUAUAACACAUUGCAGAAGAAUUGUAAUCAAUAUAUAAGAAUCCAUCCACUUAGUACCUCAUGUAUUGCAUAUCAAAGGUUCAAGGGCCGAGUUUUAAGGUCAAGUUCAUCUGUUUAUCUUUUGCCACCUUCCGCGAGCAGGAAUUUAGAACUUUUAGGUAGAGCCUGAUCUGACGUCUGCUGGAGAAAAUGUGGCGAAUGCAUUACCUUUGCGAUUGCCAACUUUGAAACUGUCAAGUCAUCAUUCUUCCCUCGUUGUAAAUAGUUUCAAAGUACGUACUCGGCCGAAGGCAGUAACAAGGCUAACCCAAUUGGUGCCAAACCCAAGUGGCAUGGAAUUAUGCUCAUCGUGCCUUGGAGGAGAACCACUCCCUGAAGAAUAACAACUCCCAGUGUAGAGCUAAUGAUGUAGAAGCUGAAGAUGUACAUGCAAGUGAGAGUAUUGGCUCUUUGACCAGUCCUUAAAAAUUGACUGAAAAAUCGCAACAUAUUACAUGUUUUCAAAAAACCUAGCAGGUGUUUUCUCUCGAGGUAUUGAAAAAAGUCUGAUAACGUCAGAUUAGAUUUUGAAUUCAAAAUGAAUUUUAACGAAAGACCAGAACUUCGAGCUCUUGAAAGUUUGAUGUGCAGUAUGCGAUAUGUAUCUUGAUUGUUGUAAAAUAUUUUUUCGUGUUUAUAUUUAUUGGUAUAGGAAGAAUUAAAGCUUUUUCGAGGUAUGUUGAGGAGCUGCACCAAUCAUAACUGAUCUGACAAAUGUAUGUACAGUCUUGAGCAUUAUUAGAAAAUGUAACGGCUCCGAGAUGUAAUCUUAUAAAAAGAUUGCUCCAUGUACGUGGCAGGAAACCUUCGACGUUCAAUGGUGCCAUUGCACGUGCCUCAUUUUACUUAUGGUCAAGACUGUCCUUGUACUUUUCUCCGAAUUUUAGACAUAUGAUUUCAGUCAAAUGUAUAGUUACAAACCCUUCAACUCUGUUUGGGGUUUCUUCCCCACCUGAUCUAUGCAAAAGCUUAUUUUUAGCAUUGAUCUGUCCAUUGUCUUUAUUUGACAUGUAUUCUUUACAAAUUCUCUUCCACAUUCCUUCGUUAUAGACGUUUUAUUACUUGUUAUUUAUUCCAUCUGCCUCACUUUCAGUAUCAGUAUUUCAUUUGUUAGUGUUGAUCAAUGUAUAUUCGUGUUCUCCCUGGCUUUGAUUUGAACACAUCAAACUUACCGGCGUUCUCACAAGUUUUUCACGCUGACACCUUUUUAGCUCACCUCUUAGCAGAGGUGAGCUUAUCCCAUACCGUGGCGUCCGUCGUCCGUCGUCGUCGUCGUCGUCGUCGUCGUCGUCGUCGUCGUCGUCGUCGUCCGUCGUCCGUUAGCAGGGCACGUUUCGUAACUGUUAGAGCUAUUGAGUUGAAACUUGGUACACAUGUACCCUUAUGUAAUGACACCUUGGAGACCAAGUUUCGGUCCGAUUCGUUUCAUGGUUUGGCCACCAGGGGGCCAAACGUUAAAAGUGAAAAUAUGCAAUAUCUCCC